AGAUAGGAAGUUUUAAAGAUAAGAAAAAAAUAGGUUGGGUGGGUGAAUUGAAGUUGAAAACAUUAAAAAAACAAAAAAAGAAAGAAAAUAGGAAGGUUAUAGAGAAUGUUGGCUGGGUGUUCUAGUUCUACAUUGGUGUCACCAAGGCAUAGAUUGAGGAGUGAAGCAUCUGCACAAUUUCAAGCUUGCCAUUUCCAGCUGCCUUCAAUGAACACACAGAGACUGGACUUGCCCUGUAGCUUCUCACGAAAAGACACUUCAAGGUCACAGCCCAUUAGGCCUGUUGGCCUCUCAGUUGAUAAGCCAAUUGAGUCCAAGACUAGCAGUUGUUCUCUGAAGCAAAACAUCCGUCUACCGCCUUUGGCUACCAGCAACAACCAGAGAGAGAUCAAAGAUGAGUUUUGGGAGAAGGGUAAGAGUCUGAAGAGGUUUGCAGAAGGAGGGUUGGUUGAUGAGUCUUGCAUUAAUAGGGCUAAGAGGAAAAAGGGUAGCAGUGAUAAUGAUGGGAAGAGUGAUGAUAUUCAUGGAAGUGGAGAUAGUUUGAGUUUAGGCCAAUUGAGUAGUGGGAACUUUUGGUUUCAGCAAAGUUACACUGGCCAAAAUGUCCCUCAAGUUCCUUUUACUUUGACUUGUUCAGGGGAGGAUGACAGGGUCUGUUUUGUGCCUAGUGAUUUGAUCUCACCACCCCUGCCAUUGUCAAACAUUCCUUGGGUGGAAUCAAUUAUCACUGAGAUCACUGAUUUUGGUGAAAAAGAUGGUGAUGAGACCAGCCAUAGGCUGGCAAAAGAGGUUUCAGCUUCAAGUAUCUCAUCAGAGAGUCAUAACUUGGCUCUUAGGCUGCAUGAGAAUCCUGGGGAGCAUGAUAUGGGUAAUGGGUCUAAGAAUCCUUAUCCACAUCAAGGGGGUGUGGAGGCUAGUGAGGAGGAUAAGAAUCCAGGGGGGAAUCAAGGUUUCGAGCUUGUCAGCUUACUUACUGCUUGUGUUGAAGCAAUUGGGACAAGGAAUAUCCCUGCCAUCAAUCAUUAUAUUGCUAAGUUGGGGGAUCUAGCUUCUCCAAGAGGGAGCUCUAUAAGUCGCCUAUCUACUUACUACACUGAAGCUUUGGCUCUUCGGGUUGCCAGGCUUUGGCCUCAUACUUUUCAUAUUACUCCUCCUCGAGAUCUUGAUCGGCUGGAAGAUGAUUCGGGUACAGCAUUGAGGCUUUUGAACCAGGUGACUCCAGUUCCAAAGUUCAUUCAUUUCACAUCAAAUGAGAUAUUGUUGAGAGCUUUUGAAGGGAAAGACAGGGUUCACAUUAUUGAUUUUGACAUCAAGCAAGGACUCCAGUGGCCUAGUUUGUUUCAGAGUUUAGCCUCCAGGACUAAUCCUCCAAGCCACGUGAGAAUCACCGGUAUAGGCGAGUCGAAGCAAGAGCUAAAUGAAACAGGAGAUAGGCUUUCUGGAUUUGCCGAGGCACUGAAUUUGCCUUUCGAGUUUCAUCCAGUUGUAGACAGGCUAGAAGAUGUGAGGCUGUGGAUGCUGCAUGUGAAGGAGAAGGAAACUGUGGCAGUCAAUUGUGUCUUUCAGUUGCACAAGACACUGUAUAGUGGGAAUGGAGGAGCACUCAGGGAUUUUUUGGGACUUAUUCGGAGUACUAAUCCUACAAUAGUCAUUAUGGCAGAGCAAGAAGCCCAGAACAACUCCCCCAUUUUGGAGAUAAGAGUUUCCAAUUCAUUGAAGUACUACUCUGCCAUAUUUGAUCUGAUUGAUUCUUCCCUCCCAUUAGACAGCCCAGUUAGGAUCAAGAUAGAGGAAAUGUUUGCAAGGGAAAUUAGAAAUAUUGUUGCUUGUGAAGGAAGUGACCGAUAUGAAAGACACGAGUGUUUUGAUAACUGGAGGAGGAUGAUGGAGCAAGGAGGGUUUCGAUGCAUGGGGAUUAGCCAGAGGGAAAUGCUUCAGAGUCAAAUGCUGUUGAAGAUGUACUCUUCUGAGCAUUAUGGUGUUAAGAAUCAAGGGCAGGAUGGAGCGGCACUUACUCUAAGCUGGAUGGAUCAGCCUCUUUACACAGUCUCAGCCUGGGCGCCUGUUGAUGUUGCUGGCAGUUCAUCCUCUUUUUCUCAGCCAAGUUGAUUGCUACUGAUUUCUUUUUCUUCAUAAAUACAUCAGUUGCAUACAGAGAAAGGGACACAAAAUUCUUUGUAGGUAGAGAAUUCUGUCAUCAUAAUCAUUCUUUCAUUCUUUCGUUGCAGAUAAGAUUUUUCAACUCGGAUAGUGCCAAAAUCAUUUGUAUGAAUACUGUAGCUUCAGACCGAUUUCAGAUCUUUGCAGACCAGAUUUCUAGAUUUCAGUCUGUAGUAUUCCGUGUCAAUUUAUGUUUAUUCUUUAAUUCUUUAUGUAAGAUGAUAUUCUUUUUAGUGUUGUCAGUUCAGUUGUCAUUUUUUCAUUCAAGGUUAUUAGAAAUAUGAACAAUG